GAUAAUGAUAAAACCCUGUGUCGCUCUGCCAACAAACAUUUAGUAUCUGUACAUUCUCUGGAUUUUCUGCUGUACAUAUUAGCCCGUCCGAAAUUUUGGGAAGGUGAAAUACGGAGAAAUUCGGCUAGAAUGCGUUUGCCUUAGAAUCAUCGCUCAGGCGAAAAUCGCCAAAGAUCGUGAGCGUGUAAAAUAAAAGAAUUUCGGCCGUGCCGAAAUUUGCCGAAGUUUUGGUGUUUUCGGAUGUGCUUGAGGGCCAAUGGAUAGGCAAUGAGGCAAGCAAUCUUUUUGUGAAAGUUAAACAAGAGAAGAGUGUAGAGCAAGAGCAAAGCUCUUGUGAUGUUAUACCAGAAUCAGGUUUUGACCACCAAGGUGAAGAUGAAGGGGUAGUUCAGGCUGUGAAAGACCAAGAGCUUCUUGAUCUAAGCAAAGUUGCUGGGGAGGUUUCAAAUGGGAUGGGCAUAUUUAUAUGCGAAUUGUGUAAUAAGAGUUUUGGUUCUGCUAUUGGUCUGAAGCAACACAUGACAUUUCAUGUUGAAAAAAAGUCUCAUAAAUGCAAUCAAUGUGACAUGGAAUUCUACACAAGAGGAGACCUUACCAGGCACUUACGAAUCCAUAGUGGUGAAAAGCCAUUUAUUAAAUGUGAUAUGUGUGAAAGGUGGUUUACUCAAAGCACUUCAUUGAAGACACAUCUUUGUACCCAUGAUAAGAAACCAGAUAAUUUUAAAUGUGAAUUGUGUGAGAAGAGUUUUGGUUAUUCUGCUGGCCUGAGACAACACAUGAAAUAUCAUACAGAAAUAAAGCCACACAAAUGCAAUCAAUGUGACAUGGAAUUCUACAAAAAAGGAGACCUUACCAAGCACUUACGAACCCAUAGUGGUGAGAAGCUAUUUAAAUGUGAUAUCUGUGAAAAGAGAGUUACUCGAAUGACUACAUUGAAGGCACAUCUUUCAACUCAUUAUUUUAAGAAACCAGCUGAUUUUAAAUGUGAAUUGUGUAAGAGGAGUUUUGGUUCUGCUUCUGGCCUGCGGCAACACAUGAAAUAUCAUGCAGAAAAGAAGCCACAUAAAUGCAAACAAUGUUUCAAGGAAUUUUACACAAGAGGAGACCUUACCAAGCACUUACGAAUCCAUAGUGGUGAAAAGCCAUACAAUUGUGAUCGCUGUGGGAGAAGAUUUACUCAAAUUUCCUCACUUAAGGCGCAUCUUGCGACCCACAAGGAUCCAGAGGAUGGAACUCAAAGUAAAUGUGAUCAUUGCGGCAAGAGUUUUGCUGACCCUGCUUACCUCAGACAGCACUUAAAAUAUCAUUUUGGACAAAAAACACAUAGGUGCAGUAAAUGUGGCUUUUCUUUUUUUACCAAAGGUGACCUUAGGAAACACACAAGAAUUCACAAUGGUGAGAGACCCUACAAAUGUGAUUUUUGUGGGAAGCAGUUUACUCAGAAUAGUUCUAUGAAUGAGCACCUUUAUCUCCACUCUGCUCAGAAACUGUUUGAGUGCAGUCAAUGUGGAAAUUCAUUUUCCCAAAUUUCAAGUCUAUACACCCACCUUAAAUCUCACUCAGGAAAGAGACUGGCAAAAUGUAGCAAUUGUUCCAAGAUCUUCGUAAACCUAAAGGACUUGAAGCAGCAUGUUAAGGCAAUCAUUCAAAAAACACUACGUGAACACAGUAAAUGCAUUGCAGCAGGCAAUCUGAAAAUGGGGCCAGUAGGUAGAUGUGGUGAUCAGCUUGUUUAGCAAACCUGAUGUGGUCCACACUGUCUAGAUGUGUAGUAUCAAACUUAUUACUGAUACAAAUGGUCCCAUGUCUGCUUGAAGACUAUGAAUUCAACUUGCUGGAUAUAAUGCUUUGUCAUUUUAGAAAAUGUUGUAGAUGUAUAUUAUAAGCUCUAAAAAUUUUAUAAUUGUGCUUUCACAUGAAUUGUCAAGUAAAAUGUUAUCAAUCCUUUUUAACUUGUGAAUGCUUGCAAAGUAUUUGGUCAUCAGCUGAUCAGAUUGAUUCAUGUGUAAACUUUUUGUGGUCUUUCAGUGCUCUCACAACAAAUCAGUCCUUGGAUCAUCUAUUAAUUUUAGGUCAGAACAUUUAGGGUUAAAGUUAGGAGUAUAAUGCUGGAGCUGUUAUCAACAUUCGACUAAUAUGAUCAACUAGGUUUGCAAAUCACAUUUUUUACUGACAUCAACCUUCUACAGUUCAAUGCAAUUCAAGUUGUGAGUUAAGCAGCCACAGUAAAUGUAUGAGACAUCUAAAAUACACUCAAGUGUGUUAAGCCUUGGAACAUAAGCUAAAACAGUUGAAAUUUCGAAAGUCACCUUAAAGUGAGUUAACAUUGCCUUAAAUGCACCAUUUUGGUCAAAACAUCAAAACUCAGAAGAAAAUGCCUUGAAAGUCCCUUUUGGGCCCCCUUAAAAAUCCUGGCUACGCUGCUGGUUUGCAAACAAAAAAUUAAAAUGAUUGCAGAGGUAUUCUUACUCUUUUUUAGCACUUAAGUGUCAGUUUUGCAGUUUUUGUAUUAUUUGAAUUUUUGAAAAGGCAAGUAUGAGAAACGCAAGGGAAAAGGCUUGUGUUAGCAGGGUCUCAGGUUUGCAAGGUAAAGAAGAGCUACUGAACUUGGUGUGUCAUCACAUAGAAAAAAAAAAGAAAUGUUUAUGCACUCUCA